UCUUACAUCACUUUUCACAUAAAGAAACAAGCUAUUAGUAAAUUCAAAUUGUAUCAACCAAUUGCAAAACCAAGGAAUGUUCAAGAACUCUGGUGCAUAUUUGAACAGAAAGAGGAAAACACAGAAAAACAGAGUAGACGAAGAUGAUCAUUCCCGUUCGUUGUUUCACAUGUGGAAAGGUCAUUGGAAACAAAUGGGAUUCCUAUCUGGACUUUCUACAAGCAGAUUACACUGAAGGUGAUGCAUUGGAUGCAUUGGGGCUGGUUCGAUAUUGUUGUAGGCGUAUGCUUAUGACUCAUGUUGACCUAAUUGAGAAGCUAUUGAAUUAUAACACUAUGGAAAAGUCGGAAGCAAAUUAAGGAUUUUGAGGAGCUGCAGAUUAUCAAGAUAUGUCAGUUACCUUUCAUUUCCUGUAGUCUUAUGUCAAUAGUUUUUUGAUUUGUCCUUAAAAUUGUUUUCUAAGAAGCAGUUUUAGUGAUUGUUCGGGAUAGUUUUAUGCAUCAAAGACCGUUCUAAAGACCAAACUGUAGAUUAUGAAUGUCCGAUUUGAUACUAAUGCUUAUUGUAAAUAUAUAUCUAGAAAUUUCGGUAUGAUUGCGCCCUUGAAGAUUUCUCCCAGGAUGAACUAAAAAUUUCACCCAAACUUCUAAUCCAUCAUAAUGAAUGUAGUCAUAACUCAGGAUGAGCUUUCCUUGAAACUUUCACCCUCAAAUGUUAAUAGAACAUCAAAUUAACUUUGGACUCGGGGAUUUAGUUUCUGACUAUAUACUUACUGUUAUCAGAAACCAUAACAGUAUCAAGUAAUUGCUUAAGUUGUCUGUGAUAUGAAUUUUGAUAGAACCCAGAAAUUAAGUUAAUUACCCUUCUCUUCCCUUCUUUUGCUUAGGCAAGAAGUAU